CUAAAGCACGCGAGAACGGAUGCUCACUUCGGAUCGAGGAAGCUGAAGCUCGAGUGGACGGUGACGUUCCGGGGAGCUUGAGCGUUUGUUGUGCUUCCGUCAGGCUGACUCGGACUAGGCAACUAUCGUGCAUUAUCCGUUUUAUCGGACUCAUCGUCGCAUCGUAAUGCGAUCAGCCAACACUUCGUAACGACCAGGAAAAUUCGAUUGAGGUCCGGAACAAUUAACUGCGAAGCAGUCGCCGCCAAACGCCAUGUUGCAACGGCAGCUGUUCGUAGCGACGCUGUCGCUCGGGUUGCUGUUAUCGACUGUUACCGGUCAACCGAUCGCUUCAGCCGAGACCAUUCUGAUACGACCGAUCGCUGUCUAUCAGAGUCUGAUCAAAGGUAUCCACGAUUAUUUCAACAAUACCUGCGUGAUACUCCUUCGCGGUUCGUCGAAGCCGAUGGAAGAAGAAGGUGAGAAGAAGAAUUCGAUUUGCCUCGAAUACUCGAACAUCGGAAGCGGUUAUCGUUCUCGUUUCGCGGUUAUCGUUUCAGAAAUGGAACAAGUGGAGGGACUGCUGGCGCUGCAAAGGUAUUUCAGCGGUUCGCUGAACAUACGCACCAGCAUCAUGGAUUUUCGCAUGUUUAAAGAUCGAGUAGGGAAAUCUUAUCACCGCUUGAAGAGGCCGUUGUUCGUGAUACUGAACGAUCUGGAGAACACGAAGGAACAGUUCGUUUCGGUUUCUCGAUGGAUCGCGAUGGCCUAUCCAACAUGGUUGCUCUUCCUCAGCGACGAGAGCAAUUACGAGGACGUUCUAUCAGAAAUUUACGUGCCGUUCGAUUGCCUGAUGGCGGUCACACAGAGGAACACCGAGGGAACCGGCGAGAUCCUUCGCGAAGUGUACAACAUCCAAAAGGGAGAUCGGCUGAGAUCGUCGAAUUUCGGUACGUGGAACGCUACUGGAGGAUUUCAUGGUCCUCGUUACGGAUUGUUCGAACGUCGGCAUGAUCUGGACGGCUACAGCAUGAGGGUGGUUGUCAUUCAAGUGAGUGCCGAUUCUGCCCGACUGUCAAAACCUAUCUAUCGCUCUGGUUUUCCCUUUUCACAGAAUCUUCCGGUUUCGCAAAUCAUCCGGGACAAUGUGACCAAUCAACCGAUAGGCAUCGAGGGCUUGUUCGGCGAGAUACUUCAGCUGUUGCAAGCAAGAAUGAAUUGCACGUACAUUUUCCAGGAGGCUGAGUCAUGGGGAGUGCGAUUGCCGAACGGCACGUGGUCCGGUGCGAUCAAGAUGCUGCUGGGGAACAAGGCGGACCUGGCAGCCGACGGAUUCACGAUGACGACGAACAGACUGAACGCGAUCGAGUUCACCACGCCCGUCUACACGACCAAGAGCCGAGUGUUCAUCAAGAGACCCGACUCGACGACGGUCAAGUGGACCACGUAUUUGGCGCCGUUCUCCUCCAACAUUUGGAACGCGGUCGCAUUGACGAUUCUGCUCACUGCCUUCGCGAUCCUCAGCAUCGAGGGAUUCUCCCCGAGAACUCCGGCCAGUCAUCCCCAAUUCGCGAACCGCUUCUCGGAGCUCGUUUUCCUGGUGUUCGGCGUGUUUUGCGGACAAGGCAUGGAACCGUCCUCGUUGGACCCGAUCAGACUGGUGCAUCUGACCGUUCAUCUAGCGGCGGUGGUGGUGAUCGCCGCUUAUUCGGCAGCUUUAAUCAGUUUCCUCGCGAUCCAGACGUUUGCGAUGCCGUUCACCACGAUGGAGGGUCUGCUGGAGGACGGGACGUACAGACUGGCCGUAAUCGCGGACUCGGCCGGCUACAGUUUUUUCCAGGAUACCAGAGAUCAUACGAUCAGCCUCAUGUUCAAGAAACUGUUGAGCAAAGAGACCGAUCUACCGACCAAUUGUCUGGACGGUUUGAGACGCAUUUGCAGCGAAACCAGAUACGCGUUUAUGACGAUGGAUAACAUGGCCGCGGUUCUGAGAGGGAAAGUCGACUGCACGUUCGAACCUCUCGACUCGAUAAUGCAGGCUACCGUGGCCAUGGCGGUUCCGGAACGGAGUCCGUAUCGCGGCCUCAUCAAUACUAAUAUCUUAAUUAUGCGGGACUGUGGACUUCUUCAGCGACUGCUCCAGAGGGAAUGGACGACGAACGAGUACAAGGUAAUCGAUCUUUCCAAAAGCAGUCGGUCAACAAUAUCGAAUUUUUUCGUUUCAGGCGAAAUCGGAGUGGUCCUCGGUCGAACUUCAAGACGCUACGCCGCUACUCGUUUUUUUGCUGUUGGCAUUUAUGGUCGCGGGUCUGGCGCUGCUGAUAGAACGACUGGUCCGCCGCGACCGCGUGAAAAUUCGCGGUGUCGUGGCGCUGCAACCGCCGGCGAAAUAGCUAGCGACUCUAUACGUCUGCCGGAUGAUCGAGCGCGGCGUUUACGUUUCGCCGACGUAAACAAACUCGCGAAAACACCGCUCGUUCGUCCGGGCGAGUGCGCAAACAUACGACAGUUGCGCGCGUACCUCCGUAGCGUUCGUUAAAAUCGCGGAAUCGAGAA